CAGCUUGGGUCCCAAAUCUUGCAGUUUUAUACAAAUGGAAGAAGAGAGGAAAUUUUGCCUAUCAAGGUCAUUGAUAAAAAUGUUAAAGAGGUGGGGCCAAGAACUGAUUCCUGAGGGACCCUGCCUCUGCUGACUGGUGAUACCCUGUUUACAGUCACAUUUUGAGAGCUGCCAGUUUUUGCCAGAAUGAGUGAAACACCUUCACCCAGUCAUUCAGUGUUUCAGCCAAAUUCAGCGGAAAGUGAACAGAUUUUGUCUACUCGACACCUCAAUGUCACUGAGCCUGUUGUGGCCAAACGAAUCUGUUUCUAUAAAAGUGGAGAUCCUCAGUUUAAUGGGAUCAAAAUGGUUGUUAACAAUCGAACUUUCAAAACUUUUGAUGCCUUGCUGGACAGCUUGUCCAAAAGAGUUCCAUUACCUUUUGGGGUGAGAAAUAUUAGUACACCACAAGGAAGACACAGUGUCACCAAUUUGGAAGACCUUGAAGAUGGAAAGUCUUACAUUUGUUCUCAUCAGAGGAAAAUAAAGCCUAUUAACUUGGAGCAGGCGAGGAAGAAGCCAUUGCCCUGGCAGAUCAGCAGGCCUGUUAGUGCUCGUCGCCGAGUAGUGCAGCUAGCCAGGGAGAAUGAAGGGCAGAGAGAUGGUGCUGUCAAAAUAACAAUCCCUAAAAAGCUGCUCGUUUUCAAAAAUGGAAAUGUGAGAAUCAGGCGCACAAUAGUUCUGGGUAAAAAGAGCACUCAAAACUUUGAGGCAUUUUUGGAUUAUAUCAGUGAGUCGAUGCAAUAUCCAGUUGCAAAGCUAUAUACCACCGAUGGCAGAAAGAUACCUAAUCUUCAUGCCCUAGUAAUGUGCUCUGGCGUUGUUGUGGCAGCUGGGAGAGAGCCUUUUAAACCAAGCACUUAUGAUCCUCAUAGGUAUUCUCUACCUGCUAGAUUGCCUGGGAUAUCCAAUCGUGUGUAUCCAAAAGCAAAUGUCAAGUCAGAGAGUGGAAAUACUGGGAAAUGGAAAGUGUCAAUCCUUACCAGUGAUAUGCAAUCUGCAGGGACCAGCUCAAAGGUUUAUAUUACAUUGUAUGGGGAUUGCAGUAAUUCAGGACCCAUCUUUCUUUAUGGAGAUGGAGAGAAACUCUUUCAGAGGGGAAAUGAAGACAUCUUCACUAUUGACACUGCAGACAUAGGAGAGCUCUAUAAAAUACGCAUAGGACACAACAACUCUGGAGAAUCACCUUCCUGGCACUGCGAAGAGGUGCAAUUACUGAAUGUUCAGUCAGGGGAACAGUUUUCUUUCCUUGUCCACCGGUGGCUGGCGCAGGACCAGGAUGACAGUGAAAUCUCUCGGGAGCUUCCUGUUUUGCGACAGGGUCAGCCUGUUCUUCCAGUGACUGUCUAUGAGGUGCACGUGAUAACAGGAGAGCUUUGGAAUGCUGGAACAGAAGCUGAUGUGUAUAUUUCCAUCUAUGGGGAAAACGGUGAUACAGGAUCAAGACAGCUACGAAGGUCAAAGAAACCCACAAAGUUUUUAAAAGGACAAACUGACAUCUUUCCACUGGAGGCUGUACACCUUGGAAAGUUGUACAAGAUUGUUAUAGGACACAAUGGACUUGGAUCAGGAAAUGGAUGGUUUCUGGACAAGAUUAUAGUCAAAGAUCCUGUCACUGACUUGGAUCAUGCUUUUCUAUGUCACAGAUGGCUAGAUCAUGGGGAGGAUGAUGGUAAAAUUGUAAGAGAACUGAAUGGGGCAGACACUAGCACCUUCUCAGCAAGGCAAGAACUGGAACUCAGGAGAGAGGAAACUUGGGCUGCUGAAAGAUGGAAGUUUCAGAAAGGCAACACGCUUCAGUUCUACAGCAGGCUUACCCAUGGCUUCAUACGCCUCAGUCCAGAUGGCACAGUCGAUGCACUUGGUGACAAGAAGGACAAAUAUGGUCUUUUUGAUGUAACCAUCAAAGGGAGAAACACACAUGUAUUUUGCAGUCAUCAAAUGCCACACCUUGCACUUGCUCUGGACAAUGGCUGUGUCACUGGAAUGGACAAUAGUGAGAAUCUCUGUGAGCUACAGGUCCACCUUUGGCCAAACCACUGUGCCGUUCUGGAAUCAGGCAGGAAUCCGGGGGACACAGUCACAUUCAAUCUUCAAGGCAAAGUAGCUGACAAAGUGUCAAGCUACACAGGACUCUCAAAAGAAUUUGUUGUUCAUGUUAAGGGAGUGUUUCACAAUGGUGCUAUCAUUCUGCUUACCACAAGUCUCUGCCAGGCUCUCUGCCUUAGAUCUGAUGGGAGUUGCAAUGGAGUAGGAAAGCAGUCUGAAGAAUCCUAUUGGAAAGUGCAUAAAAUCAGCUCGGGGGUUUAUAUGUUUGAGUGUGUAAAAAACCCAGGAACGUAUCUCAGGAUCAAGGAUGGUCAAUGUAAUGGAAAAGGCACAGGUGAUGAGUAUUGUCACUUUAAAAUUGAGAAGAACUUAGAAAAUGGAUCUGUCAGUCUGGAGUCUGUGCGAAACAAAGGAAUAUUUGUUGGUCUUCUACCAAAUGGUCAGAGCAAAGCAGUUAUUCACACUGGAGAGAAAAAUAUUUUGUUCUACCCACAACUCAUCAAAUUUGGCAGGGAAAAGCCUAUGGGAACAUCUGCAACACUCAGCAAACAAGAAGGACGGUUCAGAGAAUCUGAACACCCAGUUGCAAGAGCCCAGAAGCCUGUGGCUUACAGCCCAUCACCUUCUCCACCCUCAAAGGAAAAGAGAAAUACCCAAGGUAGCAAAUGUCCCCUUCCUUCAGACAAUGAAUGGAAAGUGUCAGUGUUGACAGGAAAUGUAGGAACUCAAGCAAACAUCACUUUGUGGAUAUACGGAGACAAAGGCACAGUUGGACCAAUAACUCUUGGCAAGCAGAAUAGAGAGCAGCUGUUUCUUCCCAGGCAGGAGGAUGAAUUUCAGGUUGAAAUAAAAAAUAUUGGGAAUAUCUACAAGAUAAGGAUAGGGCAUGAUGGAACAAGUAAACAACCAGAAUGGAAGUUGCAAAAGGUGACACUGCAACACAUAAAGAGUCGGAGGAUGUUAAAUUUUCCAGCAAACAAGUGGUUGUCAAGAAGCCGUGGAGAUGGAGAUAUUAUAUGUGAGCUCCCACUAGUAGAAGCGGGAAAAUCUAUUUAUCCAGUUAUAAGAUACAACGUUUAUGUCUACACUGGCCAUUUGGAGCAAGCUGAAACAGAUUCUUCAGUUUACCUUUGUAUUUAUGGAAAAAGAGGAGAUUCUGGUCUAAGACUUCUGCAUAAAUCAGAUUUGCCAGUGAAAUUUCAGAGAGGAAUGGUUGAUACAUUUGAAAUAGAAGCUGUAUCUCUUGGAAAACUGCAGAAGGUGCUGUUGCACUGUGAGGCCAAUAACAAGUCACAGUACUGGUACUGCGAUAAAGUGAUCAUCAGAGAAGCUGAGAAGGACUCUGAAUAUAUUUUCAACUGUGAGAGGUGGCUCCCGUUUAUGUCCCAGGGUAUAAUUCAUUCAGAAAUUGAGCUCUACCCUCAAGAAUUGGAAAUAAACCAACCACCAGAAAUGCAAGAGGAAGCAAAUGAAGGAGACUGGAAGAUUACUGUAGUCACUGGAAAUUUUGAAGCAGCAGGCACUACAGCAACAGUGUCCCUUUAUGCUUAUGGAGAAAACAAGGCCUCUGGCCAAAUUAUUUUGGGAUCUGGGAAAUACCAGCUGUUUAACCCCAACAGCGUGGAUAUAUUCAAGGUUAAUCUCAAAGAUCUUGGACAACUCUAUAAAAUCCGCAUUGGCCAUGACAACAGUGGAAAUGAUCCCAGCUGGUACUUAGAGGAAAUUAAACUCGAGAGAGUGGCCCUAGUCUCUGAUCAGAAGAUUCAUCUGCCUGUAAACUGCUGGCUAGCUGAAGAUCAAGAUGAAGGAGACACAUGGAGAGAAGUGGCAGUUCGAAACUCUACAACAGAAGAGGUUUUGCCAUUGGUGGUUUAUGAGAUCCAUGUGCACACUGGGUCUAAACUUGGUGCUGAAACAGAUUCUAAUGUAUAUAUCAUCUUAAUGGGAACAAGAGGAGAUACUGGCAAACGAAAGCUCCACCGAUCUAAGAAAAAUAAAGUCAAGUUUCAGCAAGGACAGGUGGAUAUCUUCUGCCUAAAAGCUAUAUCACUAGGAGACCUAAAGAAAAUUCUGAUUAGCCAUGAUGGGACUGGUCCAGUCAAUGGAUGGUUCCUGGAUAAAGUUGUCAUCAAAUAUAAAGAAGAGGAUGAAGAGCAAGAGGUUGUAUUUCCCUGUAAUAGGUGGUUAGAUGAGUACCAAGAUGAUGGGAAGAUUGAGAGAGAGCUAGUUGCCAAAAAAAAUGGUAAUUUACGGAAGGCAUUCACAAGAGGACAGCAGUGGAGAUUGCAGAUUAAAACUGCUGGGGAUUCCCCAGAAUCACAGAAAUGGAAAAGAACCCUUGUGAUAUAUGGAUCAAAAGGCAAAAGUGAUGACAUUCUGCUUUCUCCACAAAGCCCAGGACAAACAUGCUUUCUACCCAGAGCAAUGGAUGAAUUCCUAGUUGAAACUGGAGAUGUGGGAGAUGUGUACAAGAUUCGGGUCACCUGUGAUGAUUUGCCAGGCUUUGAGGGCUGGCAUUUAAAGUCCUUUCACAUGGACGAGCUACAUACGAAACAAGAAGUGAACUUUGACUGUAGCUGUUGGCUGUCUCUUAACAGAGGAGACAAGGAGCUGGUGAAAGAAUUCCCUGCAGUGAAUGAGGACCAGAAACCUUUACCAGUCCAUAAGUAUGUUGUCUCUGUACACAUUGGUGACCACUGGGGAGCAGAAUCUUUUGCAAAUGUUUAUAUCACUGUCUAUGGUAAAAGAGGAGACACAGGUGUGAGGAAACUUCAAACAUCUUUGGUAAAAGGAGAAAAAUUUCAAAGGAGAAAGGUGGAUUCAUUUUUAGUCGAGGCUGUUUCUCUGAGUGAUUUGCAAAAGGUAGUUCUAGGACAUGAUGGAGAAGGUUAUGGGGCUGGUAUGUACCUUAAGAUGAUAACAAUCCAGGAAUCACAGGACUCUGAAGAAGAAUGGAUCUUCCCAUGUUGGAAUUGGCUUGAUACUCACCUAGGAAUAUGCAACAAUGUUUGUGAGAUUAGAGCAAUUGGUAAAAGAUUGAUUUCUAGUUCUAAACUGCCUCAAACCAACAUGCAGUCCUCAGGUCUGUGGAUAAUGGACAUCGUUGGAUCUGAUUUGAACAUUGAAAUGGAUCCAAUAUGUCUUUCUUUCAUCUUUUAUGGAGACCUAAAUCACAGAGAGCUGGCACUUCAGAUUACAGGAAAAGAAACCCAAAUCAAAGAUGAACUAGCAGGCAUUGGCUCAGUCUACAAGGUUCGAGUAACUGAUCCACAAACCAAGUUAAAUCAACCUUGGCACUUAGACUUACUGCAUAUGAAGCACACAGGCACUGACCAGGAGAUGUGGUUAGCCUUUGACUACUGGUUCAAGCCUAAUGAAGACAGUUGUGUAGAACUGCCAGCUCUCUACGCAGAUCAAGAUCCUUUGCCUGUUGUGGAGUACUCCAUUUAUGUGCAUACUGGAGACCUGAAGAAAGAAGAUGUCAGUGGAGAAGCUUAUGUUUGUAUUCAAGGAGAAAGAGGUGACUCUGGGAAGAGAUGGCUUAGUUCAAGAAGUGGUCCAAUCACUUUUGCUAGAGGGCAGGAGGAUGUUUUCAAAAUGAAAGCAGUACACCUUGGCAAACUGAACCAAGUUCUUGUUGGAUUUAAGUGUCUCAAAAAAGAUGACUGGUUCCUGGAAAAAAUUGUGAUAAAGGAAGGCAGUUAUCCUGUCACCACACACAACUUUGUUCAUGAUGACUGGAUCAGUAAACUUUCAAAAAAAGAUUUUGUAGAAGUAGCAAUCCCCCUUAAAGAAACAUCUGUGACUUCUGACCUUGUAAAAGACUUUGAUACUAGAAGCAGAGGCCGAUGGCAAAUGUGCAUGAACUGUACAAAUAUACUAGGAAAAGUACCUGAUAUUCAACUUAUUGUAUUUGGAACAAAAAGAAAGUCCUCUCUACAGAAAGUUCAGAAUCUGAAAAAUGAGCCAUUUUUGUUGACUAUUGAUGAUAUUGGGGAUAUAACAAAAGUGGCUUUUGUGUUAUCUAGUCAAUGCUUGAGAAGAGGAAUUAAACUUGACAAGCUUCGGCUAAAAGACCUGGACACUAAGCAAGAACUGGGAUUUUACACUACAGACCAAUGGCUCUUUGAACAAGAUGGGUCAGAAACCGUGACAGAGAUAGCGGCAGUCAAACCAGAUAAAGCACCACUCAGAGAAGUUCUUUAUUCAGUCAGCGUUCAUACAGGAACAUUACCUGCGUCAGGAACUGAUGCAGAUAUCCUUAUCACAAUAUUUGGAGAGAAUGGAGAUUCUUGUAAAAGAAAACUCAAGCAUUCAAGGUCACAAGCAAGUUUUGAAAGAGGUCAGAUUAAUACCUUUAUCAUGAAAGCAGUAGACUUUGGAAUGUUAAGGAAAAUGCUUGUUGAGCACAGUCAUGUGGGUUACGGAGCUGGAUGGUAUCUGGACCAAAUCACCAUCCAGGCAUCAGGCGAAAACAACAUCCAGUACGUCUUCUCAUGCCAAGAAUGGUUAGACAGCGGAGUUGGUGACAGACAGAUUCAACGAGAGCUGAGACUUCUUGGAAUAGUCAAGAAGGAGCAGUUAAAAGGAAGUAUUCGGGGGACUUGGGAUGUAAUUGUUGUGACUGAUGAUGUUUCUACUAGUUUCACAACCCCCAAAAUGACUUUGUAUGUUUGUGGUGAAAAAGGGGUGCAUGCUUCAGUCUUAUUCCCCAAAGGAUCUCCUAAAAAGGGCCAGAAUUAUCAGACAUCACUGGAAUUAGAUAAGAAAUUCAAUGCUAUAUGCAAAGUUCGCCUGGAAAUUGAAGAAGUCAGAAAUGGAGAGACUUGGUAUUGCCAAGAGGUAAAGCUUCAACACAGAAAAAGUAAAGAAGCACUAGAAUUCCCAUUUCUUCGAAGCUUUACUGAAGAGGAAGGAUCUUCAGUGGCUGAACUUCCAGUUCUCACAGCUGGCUUUAAUUUUCCAACAGUAAAAAAAUAUAAUCUAUAUAUUACCACGGGUGCAUCUCCACAAUCUGGAACAGAUGCUGAUGUGUAUGUCAUGCUGCGAGGUUUCCUGGGAGACACAGGUCGAAGAAAAUUAGUGCAAAAAGGAGAGAAACUUUUCACCAAAGGAAAGGUGGAUGUUUUUCAAGUGGAAGCAGUAGAUCUUGGAUCCCUACAAGAGCUGGUUGUAGAAAAAGGGAAAGGCUCAGAUUGGCAGCUGGAGAAGAUUAUUGUUAAAGAGCCAACAUUUUCUGGGACAGAAACACUGUUUAUGGCUCAAAUAUGGCUAAAAGACAGAAAGGAGGGGAAAAAGUUGACCUCAGUAACUCUGAAUGCUACAGAAAUUCGGGAAAAGAGGAGCACAGCUGCCUCAACAUUAGGAUACCAGCAAAUGAAAUCAGAAGGCACAUGGAAGAUUUUUUUCAUGCAGCUUCAUGAUAAAACAACAGAAGGAUCUGAAGAGUUAAUAAAGAAAAUCUCUGCAUUGGUUAUGGUUUUUUAUGGAAGCAAUGGCAAAUCAAAUCCAAUUUCCAUGGAAAACAAAGUGGAACAUGAAGCUGAGGACCAAAUAACAUAUGAUGUGUAUUUCCCUUCUGAUUUGGGAAUGCUUUAUAAAGUGAGACUUGGGCUUCAGGGCUGGGAAAAUAACACAUCCCAGUUGUUUCUACGUCAGUUUAAAAUGCAGAACACAAAAACCCUGGAUACUUUCAGUCUCACUAUAAAUAAAACACUUCCUGUUUCUCUUAAUGGAGACAGAUGGAUUGAGCUCCCUAUAGAGUGGCCAUUAAAAGAUGCACUUUCUGUGGUCACAUAUCAUGUAACAGUAUUUUCCAGCAAAGUUUUGAAAAAGAAAAGUGUAGUACAGGUGACACUGUGUGUACAUGGAACCAAUGGUGACACAGGGGACAGACCCCUUCUCCAUCUGUUGCAGACUCCUAAGCAAGGAGAAGAUAAUGAGUCCUUUACAGUUCACAUGGAUGCUGUUGAAUUGGGAGAACUGCACAAAGUUGUCCUUUCCAUCCGCAGCAAAACAGGCUGUAAACUGGACAUCAAAAAAAUACAUUUGAAAGAAGCUCUGAAGCCAGACUAUAUCUACAUAUUUGAAGUGAAUGAAAUGUUUUUUGUGGAUGCCAGUGAGCCUGAAAUAAGAGAAAUCCCAGUAUCUUUUGUUAUCAAGGAUGGAGUUAAACUAAAAAAUGAAAUAAAUCACACUUUACAUGAGGAAAAAAGUCCUACAGGAAAUGUGGCAGAAUAUAUAAUUAAAGUUUAUACAGGUGACAAAAGGGGAGCAGGAACUGAUGCUAAUGUGCAUAUUAUUUUAUUUGGGAAUGAAGACACAUCUGAAAUAUUUCAGCUCAUAGAAUCACUGGAACACAGAGAUCCUUUUGAAAGAGGGAAGGUUGAUACCUUCAGAAUAAAGACAAAAAGUUUAGGAAGCCUUCAUUCAAUUGAAAUUGGUCAUGAUGGGAAAGGAGUUGGAAGUGGCUGGUUUCUGGAUAAAUUAGAAAUAACAGAAGUAUCUACAAAUGAAAUGUUUUGUUUCAACUGCAACAGGUCUAUAUUCUUUGGUGGCUUGCUGAGGAUGAAAACAAUGGACGCACUGUAGUACGGCUUUAUUCCUAGUUAUAUUUUUUAGGACUCAGAUCAAAUAUGCCACGUCUUCAAAUUAAUGCUGAUUUGAUUUAUUUGUAUUUUUAUAAUUAUGAAGGUACUGUAAUUAUUAUGAAAGAAUGUCAAAACAAUACAUUAAAACCUCAGAGUCAAUUAAACAUGUCUAAUGUGAACACCACACUGCAACCCUACAAGGAGUGCUUAAUAGCUUUGCACAAUUGAACUGUAAAUAAAGCAGAAAUUCCGAGCUAUAUUAAGGCUUUCUGAGUUACAUAUGAGCAUUUCUCAUAUAAGCUAUAUGUAGUAACAUAUUAAGCAAAACAUCUUUUUUGUUAUUUUUACAUGUGUAUGUUAGUCAUAUUCAACACUUGGGUAAAAUCUAUAAUAAUGUCAAUAUUUAUUAAAUUUUAUAUUUUCUUAAGAUCACUUCUUAAAUCACAGCCCUCUCCAACAUAACCAUGCAUUAUAUUCCAUUUCUCCACAUUCAUAUAGUUAAAUAACUAUACCCACUGAAAUUUGAUGCAUAAAUAUAUCCCAGCCAAGACUGGAACCAAGAAUCUUUAGAUUCUUAGGCUACGUAAUGAGUGAGAAUCCUGAAACAAAGAAUUUCUAGCCACUUCAUUAGUGAUAAUCAUCACAUUGCAAUGUUUAUCUUGGGCAGCUCCCUGUGCAGUAUGUGACUUUUGUGGAUCUCUUUCUUAAAAGCCAUUAAUGCUUUUAAGAAGACAGUUAUUUCUGUUGGCAUCACCAGUGUUGUUUUUUCUAGUAGAGAUGGGCCUGAAAUAAAAUCAAGAACUGAAGAACUCCUGAAGAUUGGUGGUAAAGGCAAUCUGAAUAUACACCAAGUUUUAGAUGUGAAUUAUACAAAUGCACCUGUCCCCUUUGACAACUGGCCCCAAUCCUUGUUUUAAACACUCCUAAUCUCAAACUCUGUUUUCAGAUCUUAACUUUAGUGCUUAGGCCUCUCUUCUUUUUUCUUCUCCCCAUAGUUUCCCUUCAGAGAGCCAUCAAAUUGUAUGCAGUAAGAAAUCACAUUAAAUGUUUAUAACUAUAUGAAUUAAAUUCAUUUGUAAUGUAUUCUGAGGAAUUAUUUGCAUGUUAUCAUUUUAAAGAAAUUAUAUCUUAUAUUCAUAAUCUCUCAUUAUUCUUUCAAAUAAAGAAUGUUGGCUGAUAGUUUAAUAGAAAAUGAGUCCUCAAUGGCUAAUUUGAUACAAGAUCUAAUAAAGAAAUGUAAUGGG